CCUUCUUCACGUCCUUUAACCGACUUCUUCGUUCUCUCUAGAUCCUCAUUUUCUCCAGCUAAUCCCGUACUCCACGGACCAAAUUUUGGUUAUUUCAUUUAUUUUUUCGUACAGAAUCCAGAGGGGUUAGGUUUUCCGUAACUUUUUUUUUGUGAUCGAUCAGAUUUAAGGAAUAUAGAAGGCGGAGACUAAGCGUUAUUGCUUUUGUUAUUACGGUUUAGGGUUUUAUCGGUGCUUUUGGAAUUGAAACACCAGCCAUGGAUGCAAGUGCAAUGAAGGGAAAUAUUCUGGCACUUACGGAUGAAGUGGUCUUACCCUUGGGUGCAGUUUUGACUGCAAUUAAGGUGCUUGAGAGUGAAGGGGCUGUUCAGAAUGAUCCUCUAAUCAUCACCCAAUCCUCUUCUUUAAAAGAGCUACCAGUUCAGUCCUCCUCUCUGGAUAUUGUUGUCUCAAUAUCAAGGACGCUUGAAUUUCUUGGAGAUAAAUUGCUUGAAGAGAUAUCCAGAGUAUUGAAACCUGGUGGGACGGUCCUAAUUCAUACUCUGCAGCAACCAAGCUCUACUCUGGAGCGCAAAAUACUGAUGGCAGGAUUCCUUGAACCACAAGUACUCCAACUCAAACUAUUUUUACAACAGGAAGAUGGUCUGUCCCAUACGAUUAAGGCCAAAAAACCUUCUUGGAAGAUCGGUUCAUCAUUUUCCAUCAAGAAGAAAACACAAAGUUUGCCAAAAGUCCAAAUUGAUGAUGACAUGGAUCUUAUUGAUGAAGAUAGUCUUUUGACGGAGGAAGACUUGAAGAAACCACAAUUGCCACCUGUUGGUGAUUGUGAAGUUGGAAGCACAAGGAAAGCUUGUAAGAAUUGCACUUGUGGACGGGCCGAGGAAGAGCAGAAAGUGCUGAAGCUUGGGGUCACUGUCGAACAGCUGAACAACCCUCAAUCUGCAUGUGGCAGUUGUGGACUAGGGGAUGCAUUCCGGUGCAGUACAUGCCCUUACAAGGGUCUACCUCCAUUCAAAUUGGGUGAAAAGGUUUCACUCUCUUCGAACUUCCUUCUUGCUGACAUUUGAUUUUUGGAGAAGCCUGGUAGACGCUUUGCAUUGUUGAGUACCUGGAGUUUCGAGGUAGAGGAGUGCUAUGUUCGGCGUGGUGGUCUUUUUUCUUCUGAGUGGUUGGAUGUAUCGCAGUCAUGAGACCAUAUAGGAAUCAGUUUCAAAGAUAGAAAUAUACUUCAAACGGAUGCCCUUGACAUUCUGAUUUCUGCAGAAGCCAUCAUAUGUUCAAUUCAGAUUGUUGUUAAACCUCUAUUUCAAACUAUAUUAUUAGCUUUUUGUGGAAUCUAGUUAACCAAACUUUGAGAAUC